AUGGCAACUGUUUCAAAUCACACCAGCGACCGAGAUGGAGACCGUGAACCCAGAAAGUCGGAGAAUAGGUUUGUUGCCUUUUUCCGUUCCAGGUCGCGUUCCCGUACACGUCCCAAGUCCGCACAAGCAUCCGAGAGAGAGUCUCCUCGAACGGCCGAUUCAAAGGAGAAUACCCAUCUGAGACAUUCUAGUCUUCAACAACAUACCCCCACGUGUGUGGAAGGUGACCUCUCAAACCCACCUACUUCAUACCACAAGAACAGCAUACGGUCACAGUCUCGUCCUAUUUCAUCAACUACCACCGCCACACACUCGACAUUAGGACCUCUUCCUUCUGAUACCCAACGAGGCAAAGGUUACGCUCGGUACUCGCAUCAGGGGGGACAGUUUGGAAGUCAGCGGAGUAACCAAAGCGAUAUCCCGGAGUCUUGUGAAAGCCAUAGCCAUCCUUCAUCGCGACCCGAGACGCCAGCCUCGGCUAGAAAGAAACGAGGUCUUCAAGCGCUGUUUGGCAUCGGUUUAUCGCGCACUUCGACGGCAAACUCGUCGACAGAGGUGUCUACGCCUUCCAAACGAGAUGUAUCAAGCUCUUCAAACUCGUCUCGGAGACGUUCAUUCAUACUGCGGCAACAGUCACAAAAGGAUAGCGAAGACAAGGACAAGUUAUCUCCUAAAUCACACAUAGUACCCUCCAGCCCCCUCCCGCUGUCAGCCUCACGAAGACUUUCCUCCGGAUCUACACCUCAUGGUAAUGGUCAUGGAACAAUACCACAUGACAGCGCUGUGGACCUUCGCGAAAACGGGACGAUCAGGCAUCCAGACAAGAACAGAAAGCACCAUUCCAUCUCAAACUAUGCACAACUAAAGGACGAAUCAGAUGAACGGCAUCGAAUGAAAGCGGAUAGCCAACUACAGUCACGUAGUGAUCACCAGCCAACGUCCGCAGCGAAAGAAGGGCGACAACGUAGGUCACCGCCACACCACCUCGUCCCACCAAUACCUCCGUCAGACCAGGUAGUGUCUCCGUCAAUACCCAAGAUCAUACAAACACCUCCAACCCCUCGACGGCCUGGCAACUCCUCACAUCUCGAUGAGAGAAGGAAGGGCAAAGAUAUAGUCAAGUAUGUCGGGGAUGAUCCAGAUCAAUUGAGUUCCCCCGGUCGAAAUACGUGGAUCAAGGACCUCUUUGGUGAUAGGCUGAAGGCAGGAAACAAUGCAGCCGCUUAUUCUUCCUCAUCCACCGUUGUUGGUCCUCCGAAGAACAUGGGUGGUUGUAGCCGAAGGGCGCAACACGGAAGCUUUGACUUUGAGCGGCCAGUGUCCGGCACCAGCGCAACCUUUAAUAAAGGUGAUGCGACAGCAGCUCGAGGCCGCCAUGUUGCUGCGGAUGGCCUUGAACGUACAAGCUCAUCUUCCUCAUCCCACGCCGGGACGUCUCGAACCCGGCACAACCGCAGCACGCCUCCACGGGGUGCCCCCACACUUUCGCCAGGUCAUGCGCGCUAUACGGGGGGCGAAAACUCGGCUCCCUCCAUGUCGACGACUUCUGUCAAUACUAAGUCUACUGGCAAGGGUGUUAAUGCCACAGGAUCCUCGAACACCACGAAGGGAAAGUCGUCCAGCUGGGGCCGUGCCGCAGGACGUCGCGCACAGCGCACGUCACACGGCGCGUUCGCCUUCGAGCCUGCAGUGUCUAUGCCAAAUUCACCCACUCAGCCUCAUACCCAGCUUCGUGUGCCUACGCCUGCAUCCUCUCCGUCCUCCCUAAAGAGCGAUUUUGGAGUCAUACCCACACCUGACGAAAUGUCCCCUCCUUACUACCAUGCAAAUCCGUCCCCCCAUCGUCGCGAAGGUCAUAAUGAAGAUCCAUCACCCUACGCCGCCAACGCAAGGGGUAGAUCUCAGAAUAAACGACAUGGUCGCUCUUUAGACCUAGGGCUUGGUCUCUCUUGGGCCCCUACGAAAGUUCGGCAGGAGGCCAUCAUGCCGGGGCUCUCAAUGGCAAAACAAAGGAAUGGCAGCGCUCCAGGGGAGGAUGUCUCAAAGGUAUUCAAAAGAGUCCUUUCGGAAAGCGGCUUUGCUUCUUUCAAGAAUUACGUCCACAGUUUCGAUGCACAUGCCAUACCGUUAGAAGGUCCAUCUGGCCUCAUAGCGCGUGUAGACAAAUUGCUCAUUAAUGCUGGCGUAGGCGACAAGGAACGGCGGGUCCUGCUCAAUGACUUCGCCCGGUUUGCCAGGAGCCAUGCAGAGUCUGCUGGCUGA